AUGAGUAGUAUUGAUAUAGUGGCUAUGAGAAAUGGCCCCAAAUUGAAUAUGGAUCAAAAAGAGAGCCUCAAUGCUCUUGUUACUGAUGCGGAAAUUUGGAAAAGCCUUAAAGGUAUGAAUGAUCUCUCUGCUCCUGGCAUUGAUGGAUUUAAUGCUAAGUUUUUAAAAAGCUAUUGGGACAUUAUUAAAGAGGACAUCAUCAAGACAGCCAAACAUUUUUUUGAGAAAAACAAACUUUACAAAGCUGCUAAUUGUACCUUGGUCACUCUUGUUCCUAAGUUCACUGCAACUACUUUGAUAAAGGACUACAUACCCAUAUCUUGCUGUACUGUCUUUUAUAAAGUGAUCUCUAAGAUUAAGGCUAGUAGGUUGGGAAAAGUAUUGCCUAGUAUUGUUCAUAGUAGCCAAGCAGCUUUUGUGCCUGGCAAGAAGAUCCAUGGCCAUAUUCUAAUGGCUUAUGAGCUGAUUAGAGGUUAUAGCAUGAGAAGUGGCGCCCCUAAGUGUUUUAUCCAAAUAGACCUCCAAAAAGCCUAUGACACUGUUGAGCGGAACACCUUAGAGUCCAUCAUGAAAGAGCUUAAUUUUCCUCAGAAAUUCAUAGGGUAG